UACAAAUAAAGACUUUUGGUAAUACUACUGAAUCAAAAAUCAUGUCCUCCUAUAAGCCUCACCAAAAAUCAUUUCAAAAACUCUUCAUUAUCUAUCUCAUUUUGCUUUCAUUGUCUCUCACUUUUCUUGCAUUAUCUUUCAACACAAAACCCCUUAUUACAAACCCUAGUUCUUCACUUCUCGAUUCUACCCAUGAUUGGUUUCAUUAUAUUCUCUCUAAAAAGAUUAAUACCAAGAAAAUCAAGAUCGGUUUAGUCAACGUAAACAACGAUAUAACGACUCGAAUUUACGAUGCACAUGAAUUGGUCGAGGCGGUUUCGGUUAAUUUUGAUCAUAUUUCAAAUAACAAUAUUAGAUGGGAAGAUUUUUUCCCGGAGUGGAUAGAUGAGGAUCAGAAGUGGGGUGCACCGCGGUGUCCGGAGAUUCCUCUGCCGCGGCUGGAGGAUUACGGUGGCCUGGAUGUGGUGGUGGCUAGAGUUCCUUGUGGUGGUAAUAAUAAUGGUGGUGGUAGUGAAGGUAUUAGGGAUGUUUUCAGGUUACAAGUAAAUUUGGUGGUGGCUAAUCUUGUGGUGGCAAAUGGAUGGGUUAAACCUGAUAUUAAUCGGACGGUGUAUGUUGUGUUCAUGGGAUCAUGUGGACCAAUGCAAGAAAUUUUUAGAUGUGAUGAUCUGUUAUCACAUGUAGGUGAUUAUUGGGUUUAUAAACCUGAUUUAAAGAAGUUGAAGCAGAAAUUAUUGAUGCCUGUUGGUUCAUGCCAAAUUGCUCCUGCUUAUGCACAAACAGGUGAUGAAAUUUGGCGACCACGAGUAAAUCCUAACUUAAAAAGAAAAAUUGCCUAUGCAACAGUUCUUCACUCCUCAGAAGCUUAUGUUUGUGGUGCAAUUGCAUUAGCACAAAGUAUAAUCCAAACCAACUCUACCAAAGCCCUAAUCCUCCUCCAUGAUUCGUCGAUAACCCCGAAAUCACUUCGAGGAUUACGAGCAGCCGGUUGGAAAACCAAGUUAAUCGAACCCAUUAGAAGCCCCUCCGCCAAGAAAGGUUCAUACAAUGAAUGGAACUAUAGCAAACUUAGGGUUUGGCAAUUAACAAAAUAUGACAAAAUCAUAUUUAUAGAUGCCGACAUUGUAGUACUGAAAAACAUUGAUGAAUUCUUCACUUACCCUCAGUUAUCGGCAUCAGGAAACGACAAAUCGUUGUUCAAUUCCGGGAUUAUGGUGAUCGAGCCAUCGGAAUGUAUGUUCCAAGACUUGAUGUCAAAAACUCGAAUAUUAGCAUCGUAUAAUGGCGGUGAUCAAGGGUUUCUGAACGAAGCGUUUACGUGGUGGCAUAGAUUACCGAAGAAGUUGAAUUAUCUUAAGGUUUAUCGGAACCGAAUAAACGAUAAUCAUCGUGAAAUUCCGAACCAUGUUUAUGCGGUUCAUUUGUUAGGGUUAAAGCCAUGGGUGUGUUAUAAGGAUUAUGAUUGCAAUUGGGAUAAGGAAGAUCAUCAAAUAUUUGCUAGUGACUCGGCUCAUAAAAGGUGGUGGCAUGUAUAUGAAGCAAUGCCGAAGAAAUUGCAGAAAUUUUGUGGAUUAACAAAGCAAAUGGAUUCAAGAAUUAGAAAGUGGAGAGGAAUUGCUCAAAAAUUAGGGUUAGCUGAUGAGCAUUGGAAGCUUAAUGCAAAAGACCCUAGGCAAUACCAUUUUGUUGAUAUGUAAUAUUUUUAAUUUGUUUGUGAAUGUGAUGAUGUAGUUUUUUAA